GUGGUGUAGCUGCAAUACAUACAUGCGCGCGCCGCAACAGCGGGCGCCCCACUGAAGUCUCGCGCGCCACGCUACCCAUAUUUAUAACGUUUCGUUCGAGCGCUCUCAUUGGCCAGCGCGGAUCGCGAUAGAUUCGCGCCCUAUACUACGAAAUCAUUGUAAUAGCAUUUAAAUAGGCAGGCAUUUUAGUAAAAUAUAUUCAUUCUUACCUCGACUGUGGAGUUUGAUUUAUCUUACACCUAUCAGCGCUACAGUGGUGACCCCGACGUGAUUCCGCCUGCCUAAACCAGUGUUGUCUGACUACUCCAUAACAAAGAAGACAUCCUUCAGCAUGGCGAGCAGCGGUGACCAAGCUCAAGCUCCGGCCACAGUCUCCGGGCUAUCAACGGCUCAGCGCAUCCCACUUAUUUGGCGCGAUCGGAUUCGUCUGUGGUUUGCUCAAUUCGAAGCCAUCAUGUCGCCACAGAAGAAAGGCGACCAAGGCAUGUACGAGGUCCUCGUCGGGCAACUCGAGAGACAAGACCUUGACGAGAUCAGCGACAUCAUCCUGCGUCCACCCGAGAAGAACCGGUAUGAAACGCUGAAGAGCCGGCUGCUGCAGGUAUAUGAUGAGUCCGAGCAGAGGCAAGUUCAGCGGCUUCUGUCUGAAAUGGAGCUCGGUGACCUGAAGCCAUCACAGUUACUACGUCGCAUGAAGAAUCUCGCCGCCGACAACAUCUCCGACUCCACGCUGCGUGUUAUGUGGACGAACCACCUGCCACAGUCCAUACGCGCAGUCCUCGCCGUCAGUGACAAUAUCGCGAAGCACUCUGACCUCCACGAGCUCGCGGUGAUGGCGGAUAAAAUCCUGGAACAAACUCAACCACCUGGAGCAGUUGCCGCAAUUUCGGUCCCACCACCUCCCCACGCAUCCACAUCAACGUCAUCAUCCAUCGAAGCCAAGAUCGAGAUGCUCAUCGAAGAAAUCGCCGAACUCAAAGCAUCGCAAUCGAGUCGCCGCGAUCGCAGAUCGUUCGACAAAUAUCAAUCAAGGUCACGUUCGCCUAGCCGCUCGCGCCACAAGCGCGCGCCGCGCAUGCGUAGCAACACUCCGCGCCGACUUCAAGGACAAGCAAACGUCUGUUACUACCAUCGUCGCUUCGGCGCAGACGCGCAGCGCUGCACGCGUCCCUGCGAGUUUGAAAACGGCGUCAAACCUACUUCGAUGGCGGGAAACUAACCCGUGCGUU